AUGGCGAAUGACGCAACAGUUGCUUGGUGGACAAAGUUCAAGUCGCCUGGGUCGGUUGUCUCUGGCUCGGAGGCUGCCGAUAGCCCGACGGCGACGACGCUGGCGCUCGCAGCUCCUGAGGUGGCCGACUUGGGAGACUUCGAGGAUGCGCCCGAAGGCGACGAUGUUGCCUCGUCGGGGGCCGCUGCCUCGUCCGAACCGCUUGCCGUCGAAGACGCCGCCUGCUCGCCGACUCCGACUCAGGAGGUGGCAGACAAGGCUUCUCCCCCGGUGCUCAAGCCGACUCCCACUCCAGGCGAGGUCUUCGUCUGGCAAGGUCCUGAGGUCAAGCGCGAGCCGUCGAACCCAACGUGCUACAGGUGCAAGCAAGAGGUCGAUGUCUUGAGGGCACCACUGAUUGGGAAAGGCCAGGGCUCGUGGAAGUGCGAAAAGUGCAACACGCGCGGAACGCAGUUGUCCCGCUUGUUCGGAUCGUGGCCACCUGCCAGCUUCAGGAGGCUUGACUCCUCAGCGCAAGCGAAGUUCUGGCAAGAUGCAAAGGAGAAGGCUGGUAAGGAUCAGCUCGAGGAGCUGUUCGUCCAGACUCUCACGACGACUCGGAUCGAGCAGGAGGUUGCCCAAGUGCAGGAGCUGAAAGCGAAGGCGAAGGCGCCGCCUCCGACGCAGCCGACGCAGCCAGCUCCAGGCAAGAGCGAAUCAGAUGAUUCGGAAAGCGGCUCGAGCAAGACGAGCAGCAAGAAGGGGAAGAAGUCGAAGAAACAGAAGAAAUCCAAGAAGCAGUCCAAGAAAUCCAAGAAGGCCGACAAGAAGGACAAGCGCGACAGGAAGGACAAGAAGUCCAAGAAGCGCGCAGCGUCCUCGACCUCGGAUUCGGAUUCGGACUCGAAGUCUGAGAAUGACAAGGGCCUGCAGGCGAAACAGAGGAAGCUCGAGCAAGAGAAAGCCAAACAGGCCAAGAAGAACGUUGCCCUGGCGACCCGCGUCUUGUGCAAGAUCGAGAGGCCCAGGAUUUCUCUUGAUCGCGAUCUCAAGGAUCCGAUGUCGAAGCACGUGCCGAAGUACACCAUCGAUCCAGCCAAGAAAAAGCUCAAGGAGCUUGAGAAGCUUUACUCUGAGUUCAGGAAGGUCCACGACGAGCGUGGCAUGGGGGGUGAGGUGACGACAACGGUGGCUGAAGUGGAUGACCUUGUGAAGACUUCGAUCGAAGCUGCCGCGCUCCUUUCCAAGCUGCUGAGCACUGCGAAGAGCAACGUUCCGAGCGGGGACGACGUGUAG